AUCCUAUCCUCAAAGUACAAGCUUUUUCUACUCCCUAGUGUUUUAUGCAUGAGGCGCCGGCACUUGCAACACCCUCGCAGGGGUAUAACCCUCAUUGGCUCUGUGAUGUCGCAUCACCAUGAAUCGCAUAGUGCUCACCCAUGUCGUGCCUGUUUCAGAUGCAUCAAUCCAACGUAUCGCAACGCCAAACUAGGACGACGAUCAGAGGCCAAAAGCCAGCAUUCUACUUGAGCCUAAUAACAGCGAUAGUCAACGUCAGCCAUGCUCCAAGUUGCAUUAAUGUAGGUCGCCUCCCCUAUCUGCCUGAAAUCUCCCCAAACCUCUACUACGCCUGGUGCUCUUCCGUUCUUUCACCAAGAAAUAUCUUAUACUAGUUCUUCGGUGUUUGUUUGUAGAAUUUGAUCUUUUUUUUAAUCCUUCUCUUUUCUCUUUAUUCAGGCGCACUGGUUGCAAAACUCCAUCCCUCAUGACUACCGGAACUCACCAAAACGCUCGUUAUCCCCACCGCCUCCCCCGGUUUCUACGAUCCCGCGCCAACAUGCUCGCCACUAAUGUCAUCGUCCUCGGGUUGAGGGUUGCCCAAUUCACCUUCGCCUUUGUCAUGCUCGCGCUGACAUCAUACAUCGUAAACUGGUACAAUGCUGAUGUGAUGACUAUGGCACCUGCUCAGGUCGGCUGGCUGCUGUUCUCCUCGAUAUUCACCAUUAUUUCCGUUGUGCUUCUCGAGGGCAUUCCAAAAUUCGCGCCCCGAUUCUUCCAUCCCUACGCAGCCCUUUCCAUGGAGUUUAGCAAUGCCCUAUUCUAUUUCUCGGGCUUUAUUGCCUUGUCAACUUUCAUGAGCAAAUUGCUAUACUGCCGAGGAAGCGUGUGCGGUGCGGCUCGAGCAGAUGUCGCAUUCGGCAUCUUCCAGUUCCUCCUCUGGGGUACCUCGACUGUGAUAGCGAGCAAGGAUGUCUUCAAGAAGAUUAUCGUCCGCCGCUCCAAGAAUACGCAGGCCCCUUUGGGUGCGCCCCCGAUGAAGGAAGCUCCAGCCCCAUAAAGGUGACGCAGCUUUCUGUCAUCAGUCCUCAUUAUACCGAAAUCCCCUUGUCCCCGUACAGGUCGCUAUGGGAGAAUAGCCCGCUGUCGCCGGAAGCCGAAACGGGGUGGGAACAUGUCUAUCUCUACAUCCCAAGACGUUGGGCAAGUUGGACAAAGGGGGAGGGGAUUCAUCUCCAAUGACAUGCAACGAGAUGGGUAAUUGGCUCCCAGCGCCACUGAAAUAACACCAAAGUUAGGUUGUGAAGAUGGUAUCGUGGCUUUGU